UGGCUCACUUCAGCUCCUGCCGGCUCCAAGCACUUCAGGAAAAACCACUAACAACAUCCUCCCCAGAUUUUCUCCCUCUUUGGUGUCUUGAAACUCAGAUCCUCAACAAAUCUUCUGACCAUGGCGGCUGCUUUCGUCGCUCCCUCCCUCCAAGCGCAGCACCUGGUGACCCCGGUGGCUGCCCCGGUCGCCCCCGCCGCAGCCACUGCCACGGGUGGCUUUCCCCGCAGUGGUGCAGCCGCUGCGGCCGCAGUGGCGGGUGCCCUGGUGGCGCGAAGCGUGGGAGGACAAAGGCGCAAGGUGAAGCAGAACAAAUUGGCCAAGGUCCAGUGUAAGGCCUCCACCUUGGAUCAGUUGAAGGAGGUCACAGGCAAGGAUGGUGGCAUCCCCUUGGACAAGUACCGCAACAUCGGAAUCAUGGCCCACAUUGAUGCGGGCAAGACUACCACCACCGAGCGAAUCCUGUACUACACCGGACGUGAGAAGAAGAUCGGUGAGGUGCACGAGGGACAGGCCACCAUGGACUGGAUGGAGCAGGAGCAGGAGCGCGGUAUCACCAUCACCAGCGCCGCCACCACGGCCUUCUGGAACGAGCACCGGAUCAACAUCGUGGACACCCCGGAGCAUGUGGACUUCACCCUGGAGGUGGAACGUUCCCUGCGCGUCCUGGAUGGCGCCGUGGCCGUCUUCGAUGGCGUGGCGGGAGUGGAGCCGCAGAGUGAAACGGUGUGGCGCCAGGCGGACAAGUACAACGUGCCGCGCAUGUGCUUCGUCAACAAGAUGGAUCGCGAGGGCGCCGAUUUCUUCAAGGACGUGCAGAUGAUGGUGGACCAGCUGGGCACCAACCCUGUCCCCAUCCAGCUGCCCAUUGGAAAGGCGGCCGGCUUCAAGGGCGUCUAUGACUUGGUGGAGAUGAGGUCCAUCAUUUGGACCGGAGAGGAGUUGGGAGCCAACUUCGAGUACAAAGAUGAGAUUCCCGAGGGCAUGGAGGAGCUGGUGGAGAAGUACCGCGAGAACCUGGUGGAGAAGGCCUGCGAGCAGGACGAGGAGGUCCUGGAGCAGUACCUGGAGACGGGGGAGGCGCCCGAUGUGGCGACGCUGAAGAAAUGCAUCCGCAAGGGCACCCUGACCUUCAGCUUUGUGCCAGUGCUGUGCGGCACGGCCUUCAAGAACAAGGGCGUGCAGCCUCUCUUGGAUGCAGUCUGCGACUACCUGCCAUCUCCUUUGGACCUGCCACCCACCAAGGGCAAGAACCCCAAGAACGACGAAGAAGAGCUGAUUCGUGAGACAUCCCCAGAUGAGAAGCUAUCGGGCUUGGCCUUCAAGGUCGCGGCGGAUCCCUACAUCGGCACCCUGACCUUCUACCGCAUCUACUCCGGAAAGGUGAAGGCAGGUGACAUGGUCUGGAACCCAAGGAGCAAGGCCAAGGAGCGCAUGGGCCGCAUGGUUUUGAUGCACAGCAACAAGCGCGAGGAGAUCAAGGAGGCCCAGUGCGGCGACAUCAUCGCCAUCGUCGGGCUGAAGGACACCACCACGGGGGACACCUUGUGCGCCGUGGAUGCCCCGGUGGUGCUGGAGAAGAUGGACUUCCCGGAGCCGGUGAUCAAGGUCAGCUGCGAGCCCACCUCCCAGAAGGAUGCGGACAAGUUGGGCGAAGCCCUCAACAAGUUGGCCGCUGAGGAUCCAUCGUUCCGCUACAGCCGAGAUGAGGAGUCCAACCAGACCGUCAUUGAGGGCAUGGGUGAGCUGCACUUGGAGAUCAUCAUCGAUCGCCUGAAGCGCGAGUUCAAGGUGGAGGCCGAGGUGGGCAAACCUCAGGUGGCUUACCGCGAGACCAUCACAGAGCCGGUGGAACUGUGGUACACCCACAAGAAGCAGACGGGAGGAUCUGGACAGUAUGCCAAGCUCUGCAUGGUCUACGAGCCCAACCCUGGUGAGGGCUUCGAGUUCGAGAACUCCGUCGUUGGCGGCGCUGUGCCCAAGGAGUACGUCCCAGCAGUGGUGAAGGGCACCGAGGGCGAGCUGCUGAACGGCAUCCGCAUGGGUUUCCCCGUGGUGGACGUCAAGGCCUCGCUGAAGGACGGCGGCUUCCACCCCGUGGAUUCCUCGGCCAUCGCCUUCGAGAUCGCCGCCAGGGCGGCCUUUAAGGAGGGCGCGGGGAAGGCGAAGCCCAUUGUGAUGGAACCCAUUAUGAAGGUCGAGGUCAUCACCCCUGAGGAGUACAUGGGAAACAUCAUCGGCGACCUCAACAGCCGCCGUGGCAUCGUCAACGAGCUGGGCACCCGCAGCAACCUGCACGUGGUGAACGCCAGCGUUCCUUUGGCCGAGAUGUUCAGCUACAUCGCGGAGUUGAGAAAUCUCUCCAAGGGCCGCGCCAACUACAGUAUGGAGUUCGAAAAGUACGAGCCUGUGCCAGAGAACGUUGCUGAGACCAUUCAAGCCAAGAAGUGAGCGUGGGGGAACUUCUCAACGACUUAGGUUGAUGAGAACUUUCCCCAAUUUUCUGACCUCGCAUUCGCGUCACCAUCGACAGCCAAUGCGAGUUUAUGUGAGUUUUCACUCCGCCUCUGGCGUGAGAUUUUGGCCUGAGAUGUUUCGACUGGCGUCCGGAAACUUGCUCAUGUCACGUUUUUCCCAUUUAGACAUCAGAGCUUUCACCCUCGCCAUUCG